AUGCAACAACCAGAAGCGCUGACGCAGGAAUGUCGUUUGGAAGUUGGCGCGAGCUCCAGGCUACCUGUUGAUGGAGGCGAUGUCCUACAGCCAGUCGAUUCGGACGCUAACAAAAUUGAUACGAAAGGGCUCAUUAUGUUAUCCCUGCUCCGCCUUUGCUCCGCGUGGGGGGAAAGAAGUAUCAACUUUGCUGUCUACCUCUUCCUCGUCCGGAUAUUUCCCAAUACAUUACUUCCGGCUUCUGUCUACGGCUUCUGCGUGACUGGCUCUGGAAUACUUUUCUCCGGGUCCGUUGGGGGUGUCAUAGACAAAUACAAUCGCCUCCUUGUCAUUCGGUGUGCGACUGUCGGCCAGAAAUUCAGUAUGGGCAUUAUAUACGCCGUGCUCAUGGCUUUCUUCUUGACACCGCUCGGCCGCGGUUCUCCCGACUUGGUUGGCCCGCCCCUUGCCGCUUUCGUAGGGGUAGUCAUUUCUGGAGCUAUUUUGAAAGUUUCCACAGUCUGCUCGACAAUAUGUAUUGAACGUGACUGGGCCUCUACUAUUGGCAGCGAUUCUUCCCAGCGUCUAACCAAGCUAAAUACUUGGCUGCGUCGUAUCGUAAGUAUGAUGACCUUUCAGCCAGUUACCCUUAAUCGCAAUAUCCAGGAUCUUCUCUGCGACCUCUUAUCGCCUUUGUUCGUCUCGGCCCUAUCUGCGGGAGUCAGCUAUUCGUUUACCGCAUCAUUUCUCGUUUGCAUGACCGGGGCGAGUUUCUUUCUAGAGAUGUACCUCACUGGCGCAACAUAUCAUCGAUUUCCUGAGCUGUGGUCGGACCGCACAUCAGAGGCCCGGAACGAUGCAGCGCCGAUAGUUGCUCCAGCUGAUGCAAGAACCACUUCAUGGCAUCACCGCCUCCUCAACUUCAUCAACCCUCGGGACAUUAUCUGCGACUUCGAGGAGUUCAGGAAAUUACCAGUAUUCUAUACAUCGUUAUCCAUCGCAAGCAUCUACCUUACAGUCCUUUCCUUUGAUGGAACGAUGCUCACCUUCCUCAAAGACGCACAUCAUUACACUGACCCAUUUAUUGCAGGACAGCGUGCGGUUUGCACUGUUGCUGGAUUGACCGGGACUCUGUUGUUCCCCAUUAUAUCCUCAAAAUUGGGACUUGUCCGUACAGGCUCAUGGUCGAUAUGGUUCGAAUUUGUGUGCCUCAUUCCCGUAGUCGUCGCGUUAUACGUUGGCGCUCCGAUCGGUGCAACUCAUACUCCCACGUGGAACGCGUUUCUGCUUUUUGGAGGAAUGGCAUUUUCUAGGAUCGGUCUGUGGAUAUUCGAUCUCACUCAAUUGCAAAUUUUGCAAGAGUCACUUGAGUCGCAUCCACGAAAAAAUAGACUGACAUCGUUCCAAUAUAUUCUCCAGAACAUAUUUGACAUGACAAAAUACGCUCUGACUAUGGGACUAGCUCGCCCUUCAGAAUUUCGUUGGGCAGGUCUCGUCAGUGUCAUUGCAGUAUUCGUUGGAGGUUUGUUAUACACGUUUAUGUAUGCUUGGAGGGUUCGGGGUCACAUCGCUCCGCACUGGCGUUGGUUGGCGAAAUUCAAAAUAUUGUGA